AUGUCUCUCCAAUCGCCCCGCUGCCUGCCGCAGCACCUCCCCAACUUUCACCCCAACUCCACCCCCGCGGGUACUACACACACCGUCUGCGUUCUGGGCACUGUCAGCGCGCUCAACGGCGACUCAGCGAAGAUUACCUGUGGCAGCCACGGAGACGUGACUCUCAUCCUCACUCCAGAUGACAACUUGCAGAUGGGAAAGCUUGUCGAGGUUGUAGGGAAAGUGACUGAUGUCGAGGGUGGGGUUGGACUCCGAGUCCUCGAGACAACGGACUGGGGUAACCCUGCGGAUUUGGAUUAUAAGAUCUACGAGCAUGUUGUCGAUGCUACACACCGCUUCAAGAAUAUCUUCUACGGCAACGAAUAA